AUGACCUUGUACCUGCGCCACUACUGGAAGGAUGAGCGCCUGUCGUUUCACAGCAACCACAACCAGAGCAUGACGUUCGACGGGCGCCUGGUCAAGAAGAUCUGGGUGCCAGAUAUGUUCUUCGUUCACUCCAAAAAGUCCUUCACCCACGACACCACCACCGACAACGUGAUGCUGCGCGUUUAUCCGGACGGAAAGGUGCUCUACAGCCUCCGGAACUGGGUGACAGUGACCGCCAUGUGCAGCAUGGACCUCAGCCGCUUCCCUCUGGACACUCAGACCUGCUCCCUGGAGAUCGAGAGCUAUGCUUACACCGACGACGACCUGAUGCUGUACUGGAAAGAAGGGAACCGCUCUCUGAGCACCGACGACAAGAUCUCUCUGUCCCAGUUCCUCAUCCAGGAGUUCCACACCACCACCAAACUGGCCUUCUACAGCAGCACAGGCUGGUACAACCGUCUGUACAUCAACUUCACUCUGCGGCGGCACAUCUUCUUCUUCCUGCUGCAGACCUACUUUCCCGCCACGCUCAUGGUCAUGCUGUCCUGGGUGUCCUUCUGGAUCGACCGCAGAGCCGUCCCUGCCAGGGUCCCUCUGGGCAUCACCACAGUCCUGACCAUGUCCACCAUCAUCACCGGAGUCAACGCCUCGAUGCCCAGAGUGUCCUACAUCAAAGCUGUGGACAUCUAUCUCUGGAUCAGUUUUGUUUUUGUCUUUCUGUCCGUGAUCGAGUACGCGGCGGUGAACUAUCUGUCCACGCUGCAGGAGCGCAAAGAGAGGAAGCUGCGCGAGGCUCUACCCUGCACGUGUGGACUGGCUCACCCUGGCGUGCUUUCGUCCAGCUACAGCGAGGUCGACGCCAACACCACGGGUCACUACGGUCUGCCCGAGGAGAACGGGGUGAAGCGGGAGAGGAUGCUGGUGGAGCUGGCCAUGGAGAACGACCAGGUGACCGGCCACGUGGGCUCCAGCGCCUACAACUCCAUGUGGAUUGAUACGCACGCCAUCGACAAGUACUCCAGGGUCGUCUUUCCUGCGUCCUACUUCUUCUUCAACGUGGUCUAUUGGUCCAUCUACCUGUGA